UUUUGGGGGGGAACACCCUUGCUCUGGUUUCAUCCCCGUCCUGUUCCUCCCCCAGAGCCUGCUGCCCCAGGGAUUCCCAGCGUGGAGGAGCUGCUGCUGGUGAGACCAUGAGGACAGCAUCCCCCUGAGCGCCGGGCGAUGAGCCCGCAGGGGCAUCCCGGCAAGAUGCCGAGGCUAUGGGGUGGGUGCUGAAAUGAUGAAGGGCUACCAUGGGGAGCCUAGCCAGACACAGCCCUCCUCCGGCCACCGCUGCCGCUGCAUCCCUGAGAACUGCGAGCAUCCCGCCGACUACAUCCCGCACGGCCCCGAGGGCCAGCCGUCCUACCUGCCCAGCCCCAGCGAGCCGUGUUCCCUGGAGCAUCCCUACUGCCCGGCGCGGAGCCCCGGCGCGGGCAGCGAGUGCCCGGGCGGGCCCCUGAGCGAGCCGCCCUCCGCCAGCGCCAGCAGCACCUUCCCGAGGAUGCAUCACGCGCAGCAGCCCUACGACUCCUGCGACGAAUGCAUGGCGACCGCCCACCCUGCCAGCAAGAUCAACCGCCUGCCCCCCACGCUGCUGGACCAGUUCGAGAAGCAGCUGCCGCUGCACCACGACGGCUUCCACACGCUGCAGUACCCCCGGGCCGGCGGCGCCGAGCCCCGCAGCGAGAGCCCCAGCCGCAUCCGCCACCUCGUCCACUCCGUCCAGAAGCUCUUCGCCAAGUCCCACUCCCUGGAGGCGCCGGCCAAGCGGGACUACAACGGUGCCAAGAUGGACGGCCGCGGGGACGGCUACCACCACCACCACCACCACCACCAUCACCACCACCACCACCAGUCCCGCCACGGCAAGCGCAGCAAGAGCAAGGACCGUAAGGUGGACUCCCGGCACCGGUCCAAGAUGUUGGGCUGGUGGAGCUCCGACGACAACCUGGACAGCGACAGCAGCUACAUGGUGUCCGGCCGGCACGCCGCCGACCAGGGCACCCAGUACUGCGUGGACGCUCCCGAAAGUGCCUUCAGAGACUUGACCUUGAAGAGUCUAAAGGGCGGCGGGGAAGGAAAAUGCCUGGCCUGUGCCGGCAUGUCCAUGUCUCUGGACGGCCAGACGCUCAAGAGGAGUGCCUGGCACACCAUGACCGUCAGCCAGGCCCGUGAAGCCUAUCCCAGCGCCGGCGGCACCGAGAAGACCUUGAUGCUUCAGGAAGCAAAGGCCAAAGACCGAGCGUACCAGUACCUGCAGGUGCCGCAGGACGAGUGGAGCGGGUACCCGGCGGGCAAGGACGGGGAGAUCCCGUGCCGGCGGAUGCGCAGCGGCAGCUACAUCAAGGCCAUGGGCGACGAGGACAGCGCCGACUCGGACAUCAGCUCCAAAGUGCUGCCCAGGGCGGCCACGCGGCGAGACAGCUACCGCCGCUCCUCCAGCGCCGACCAGGCCAGGACCAAGUUUGCAAGUAGGCACUAUUCUGAUUCAUAUAUCUGUAACUGUCCCAGCUGCUGCACGCCACCGCGAAUGCUCCCGCGGGGACAGAGCUACGGGCGUUCCUUCACCACCGGCCAGAUCAACGACGAGCUCAACCACCAGUUUGAGGCCGUCUGCGAGUCGGUGUUCGGCGAGGUGGAGUCGCAGGCCGUGGAGGCGCUGGACCUGCCCGGCUGCUUCCGCAUGCGGAGCCACAGCUACCUGCGGGCCAUCCAGGCAGGCUGCUCCCAGGACGAUGACUGUCUCUCACUCUUCUCCAUGUCGGCCCCUCCUGGGCCGCCCAUCACCAGCAGCAUCCUGAAGCCCAGCACUUCCUUCAGUUACAGAAAAGCUCCACCUCCCAUCCCUCCAGGAACCAAAGCCAAACCUCUCAUCUCCGUCACGGCGCAGAGCAGCACCGAGUCCACCCACGAGAGCUACCUGCCCAGCGAGGUCGCCCGCAGCCCCGCCUGGUCCAAAGAUGCCGCGGCCCGCUGCAACUCGGCCGAGAGCCUGGAGAGCUCCAAGGUGACGGCCGUGGCCCUCGACCUGCCCCCGGUCCAGCCCCGCGCCGCUCCCAAGCCCUCCACGCUCAUCAUCAAGGCCAUCCCAGGCCGGGAGGAGCUGCGGAGCUUGGCUCGCCAGCGGAAGUGGCGACCCUCCAUCGGCGUGCAGGUUGAGGCCGUCUCUGACUCGGAUACGGAGAGCCGGAGCCAGAGGGAGUUCCACUCCAUCGGGGUGCAGGUGGAGGAGGACAAAAGGCGAGCGCGCUUCAAGCGCUCCAACAGCGUGACAGCGGGAGUGCAGGCGGACCUGGAGCUCGAGGGCUUCACCGGCCUGGCCGUGGCCACCGAGGACAAAGCCCUGCAGUUCGGGCGGCCCUUCCAGCGGCACUCCUCGGAGCCCGAGUCGGGCCGGCAGUACGCCGUGUACAAGACGGUGCACACGCAGGGGCAGUGGGCGUACCGCGAGGAUUACCAGCUGCAGUACGACACGGUGGAGGUGCCCCGGCGGGACGCCUGGAUCGAGCGGGGCUCCCGCAGCCUCCCCGACUCCGGCCGCGCCUCCCCGUGCCACCGCGACGGGGAGUGGUUCAUCAAACUGCUGCAGGCAGAGGUGGAGAAGAUGGAGGGCUGGUGCCAGCAGAUGGAGAGGGAGGCGGAGGACUAUGACCUGCCCGAGGAGAUCCUGGAGAAGAUCCGGAGCGCGGUGGGCAGUGCCCAGCUCCUCAUGUCCCAGAAGGUGCAGCAGUUCUACCGCCUCUGCCAGCAGAACAUGGACCCCAACGCAUUCCCUGUGCCCACCUUCCAAGACCUGGCUGGCUUCUGGGACCUCCUGCAGCUCUCCAUUGAGGACGUCAGCAUGAAGUUUGGGGAGCUCCAGCAGCUCAAGGCCAAUGGGUGGAAGAUCAUGGAGCCCAAGGAGGAGAAGAAGGUGCCUCCCCCGAUACCAAAGAAGCCGCCGCGCUCCAAGGUGCACCCGGUGAAGGAGCGCUCCCUGGACUCGGUGGACCGGCAGCGGCAGGAGGCCCGCAAGCGGCUCCUGGCAGCCAAGCGAGCCGCCUCCUUCCGCCAGAGCUCGGCCACUGAGAGCGCGGACAGCAUCGAGAUCUACAUCCCCGAGGCGCAGACCCGGCUGUGACCGCAGCCUCCGCUUUUCUACCCGGACUGGACGGCGCGGCCGUAGCUCACUGUGAUGGGGGGCCGCGGGGACACCCUGGGGCAGCUCUUGGCCCCACUCACAGCUUCUCUCUUUUCUAUCUUAGCCCUUUCGUGGAUCCGACGGCGGGUGAACGCAAAGCCCGGUUCUGACCCGUCCCCUUGACAUCCCCCCCCCCUCCGCCCGCAUGCCCCUGCCAGCCUCUCCUGGGGUCCGGGGCUCUCCCUCCCUCUGCCCUCCCUGGGGCUGUGUCCCAGCUUUCUGUCCCCUUCCCACUCCCCAGCCCUUCUGCACACCCGCCCCUGCAUCCCAACCCAAAGAGAGGUGACCUUCAGCACCCGGCCCUGCCGGGCUGGAGGGGAGGGGGCUGCAGGCAGGCCCCCCCGCCUCUCUGUACUCAGUGCAAUCCCCUGGUGUGUGGCGGGACGGGCCCCCAGCCCCUGCCCGGCCACAGCCCCCCAGCCCUGCCCUGCCGGCACGAGGCUUUGGGACGUGCUGGGGACAAAGGGGUCCCCUCGCUGCUCCCCCCACCCACGGCUCAGGUGCCGUGGGGACCCAGGGCUCCCUCCCCUAUAUACAUAUAUAAAUAUAACCCAAGGAAUAAACCAGAAACUACACGUGACCAGCGCUGUGUCCUGCCUGGUGGGACGGGCCAGAGCAGCAGAGGCCCCCGGUCACGGCGAGCCGCCCCGCUUCCCUCGCACGGAGCAUCGCCACGCGCUUCUCCCCUUCCCGCUCAGCCCUCCGUCCCUCAGUCCGUCCCUCAUCUGUCUGUCCUUCCCUCCUGCCAGCCUGGAGGCCAGGAGCACCUCUGCAAUGUGGCACUAGCCAGGGACAGGCAACAGUCCCCUCGUGCCUUGCUGCAGGUGGGAGACGCUCCCCCGGUGAGCCCACCUGCAGUGACAAGGAUUACACUGGGCUUGGCACCAGUGGGUGGGACCGGAGUGUGGGCAUGGCCAGCAGCUGUCCCUUGAGUGUGGAGCUAGAGACCCCCUCAGGGGGACAUCCCUUCCCCCUGAACUCCUGGAACUCUGUGGGACGGGACACCCCAGGACAGGGCUGUCACGUACCUGAUGCCUCUCAGGGCCAAGGGACACCCUGGGAUGUGGCUGUUCCCAGCUCCCCCAUCACUGUGCACAGAGCCAGGAACAGGGUGGAGAGCUCCCUCCAGGGCAGAGCAGUGUGGUGGGGCAGGAGGCUGCAUCUGCCUCAUCCCUGUCCUUAACCCCGUUCUCCAAACCUGUCCCCUCCCUCAGUGUCCCUUUUGGUGGCAGAGGGAGGAGGACCCCACCCCUGUCCCUCACUCUGCCGCGCCAGCAGCCCCACGCAGCAUCACCAGCCACCCCCCCGGGCAGGGCCAGUGGGUGCCAGGGAGCUCCCGAAAUCUGGGGCCAAACCUCCUGAAAUCUGGGGCCAAACCUCGCUCAGGCCCUCAGGCAGGGCGGUGGGGUCAGAGGCACCUGGGGGACGCCUCGCUGGGGUCCCUCGCUCCUGGGGGUCCGUCGGUGCUAAACACCUCCGUGACGGCAGCACCCACUCAGCCACCCAAAGCCCUUCCCCACCCCACUCCCCCUGCACCCCCAAUUUAGGGAUGUGCCUGGGAAGGGCCCCCGGCCCCCGCCCCGGCCAGCGCCGUGCAGUGACCGUGACACGUGGCUCCCUUUUUAUUGUAACGAACCGCCGCAAUUAAUAAAGAUGACUUUGGUUACUCCGGG